UAUAAAGAAGCUACCGAAGGAAAUAGGAGGGCUAGAAUCUUUGCUAGUGCUAGAUUUGAACUACACAAAGAUUACAAAGUUACCUACUUCUAUUGGAAAGCUCAAACAAUUGGAGAUUUUAGGUGUAAUUGGUACUGCGAUUAGAGAGCUACCAAAUGCCAUAUGGAUGCUAAAGAAUCUUAAAGUUUUGAAUGCUGGAUACUGUGAAAAUAUGGAGGGAGAAAUUCCAAGUGAAAUUCAGGGUCUAUCUUUUCUUAGGGGGCUACAGCUAUCAAAGAGCAAGAUUAGGAGAUUGCCCACAACUAUGAAUAAGCUUUCUCAUCUCCAACAACUUUGUUUGGAUCAAUGUUAUGAACUUGAACAGUUGCCAAAGCUUCCUGUGAGUUUGAAGGAGUUAAAAUUCUCACCUAUUUUAUUGUGGACAGCCCUUGACCUCUCAUACCUAUCUAACUUAGUCGAUCUUCAUAUAAAGUACGACACUCCUUGGUUCCCAGAAUUCAGACAAGGAGCCCCAAAUAUAAAGUGGAUCGAGGGGUUAUAUUGUCUAGAGAAAUUGACACUUGUCAUUGGAGACGUCAAAUUACCUCGAAUUAAUUUGGCUACUCUUUCUUGUCUUCGUAUUCUUGAGAUAACUUGUGUUCGCCUACAAUCUCUCAAGGGGCUUCCAUCUAGUCUUGAAGAAUUGACUCUACGUCAUGUGAAGUCACCCAUGCAAAGGUCACUGUUUUCCAACUUGAAAAAUCUGUCUCGUUUAUGGUUUUAUCAUAGUCAGCUAAGGAAGGUCGAAUUUGAUGAUGUACUUGGACAACAACUGGAGAAACUGCGUAUGUUGGGAUUUCAUGAAGAUAAAUUGCUUAGGAGGCUUACUAUAUCAGGCUUAGAGGGGCUCCAACAAUUCAGUACGAGAUCUUGCCCUGCGCUAAUGGAGAUUCGAGGUGUGGAGAAAUUGGAAUCGCUAGAGGAGUUGAGUAUUGACGAAUGCAGUUUUUUAGAAAGGUUGCCUGCUUUAUCAAAAUUAAAGAAGCUGCGGGUUUUGAGUCUCGGGGGUCUUCCACCGGAAGGGUUGCCUGAUUUAUCAAAGUUUAAGGAGCUGCGGCAUUUGAGUCUCACCGGUUUCCCACGGGAAAAGUCGCUUGAUCUACAUAUUCCAGACACGUGUCUAGUGCAUUUUGAACUCUUUUUGGGCACUUACAAAGCAUGGAAGGAUACUUGCAGAAAUGGAGCGGGGGAUAUCUUCAACCGACUCUAGAAAGAAUAAAACAUCUCAUCCUCUUGCGGACGUACAUGCUCAUCAGGGAUUAUUUGAGAACUAGAUCGGCUUCAUUGGAUUGAAGUAAGCAAGUCAUUUCUUCUUGCAUCUGCAACACAUAUAUUGAUACUCAUGGAAAUAGUCGUCGAUGAUGUCAAUCAAGGAUUUGCACUUAGUUUAGUCGGCAUCCAAAGACCUAAAAGAAAACAGGCUACUAUGCUGGAUUCUUAGCGAUGUAAAAGAAAUUGUCUAAGGUUCUACAAAUAUACAGCGGAAGGACAAUGAUUACAAAUACCAAAAGGAAGUCAUAAAGCUAAAAUCCAUUAACAAAACCUAUUUCCUAUGUAUAUAAACUCUUAGAAGUGUGUACAUCCAAAACUACCACUUCUUGAAAGAGUCGUGGAGUGUCGCCAUUUGAUAUGAACAAACCAUUCUAAUUCUGGAGGAAAUGUCAAUCAAAGAAUAAAUUUCGCAAGAUACAAUGUGAAUUACCAACUUCUUCAACAUCUUCAUCAUUUCUUAUGGCUUUAAAGCACAACAAAUUACUGAAAUGGCUCGUUUCCCCAAUGUUGCAUUGUCGAUGAACUAGACCGUUCGCAUCUUCCUCAAUUUUUCUUAUGGUAAUCAAGUUUCACUUCAAGAUCUUUGACCUUCAAGACACAAUCUAUAUGAAUUUAGUUGCAUCGUCU